ACUCUUUGCUAUAAACUGAAACAUAAUCGAGGGAAACAAUCCUUUUACGUUAGUAAACAUUUACAUUUAAAUAUCAAAAGUAAAAUGUCGGUAGCGUCGUCAGACACCGACGCAGAUUACCAUUCCUUUUCGGAGCGUACGUUGGCAAUCAUAAAGCCAGAGGCGUAUGAGGACUGUGAAGAUAUAGAAAAUCAUAUACGCAACCAUGGAUUCCAGAUACUCGCUAGACGGGAGGUUCGCUUGUCACCGGAGCAAGCGGCCGAGCUGUAUCGAGGGCACUACGGCAAGCAUCAUUUCCCACAUCUGGUGGCUCACAUGUCCAGCGGACCAAUAAUCGCGCUAGUCCUGGCCACCAGAAACUGUAUUCAAAAGUGGCGCACUCUUAUGGGCCCAGCGAGAGUAGUGGAAGCGCAAGCAUACUGGCCGGACAGCCUACGCGCGUGCUACGGGCGCCGCACCAAGUACGGCGACUACUUCAACGCGGUCCACGGCAGUGAAAACCAUGCGGAGGCUUUGAGGGAAAUACACUUCUUCUUUCCGGACAUGGUCGUAGGUCCGUUGCUCCGCCAAUGGCAAAUCAGUGAUUAUAUCCAAAAGCACAUCGAACCAACACUCUCGCCUGCGUUGACCGCUUUGGCGCACGAGCGUCCCGCGGAACCGAUAUUGUGGCUCGCGGAUCAUCUACGGCGCCAUAAUCCGAACGAGCCCGAACUGGCUCCGCAACCGAGAGACCAUAGGGAGGAGGGAAAGUGUUACACGCCUCAACCUUCGGAGGAGUCGCUCGUCAAAUGAAUUGUGACCAAAUCUAGUAACUUUAAAAUAAAUAAAAAAAGGAU